AGAUUGCGUAGAGGACAGCGUUCGUUUUUAAAGGGUUACAGGAAGAUGUUGCAACAUUGUAGUUAUUUUCUGCAUACCAAGUCGCGACUGACUGCACAUAAAAUUACACAUACCAACAUGUCAAGGAGAGAUGUUGCAAGCAUUCACAGUGGCAAAUCGAUCCGAAAACAGUGUUUAAUCAGUCCGAAGGACUUGCAUGAAAAACUGAAGAGCAAAUCCGAUAAGGUUUCCGUUUUGGAUGCCACAUGGUACAUGCCUGCUGCAGGUCGAAAUGCAAAUACAGAUUUUUUAGAAAAGCAUAUACCCACUGCAGGCCGUUUUGACGUUGAUCAAAUAUGUGACAAAAGCUCUAAUCUUCCUCACAUGUUGCCGACAAUCAAUCAGUUCGAAAGACAAAUAUCGGAUUUAGGCAUUAGCAACGAAGAUGAGAUCGUUUUAUAUGACGUUGGGUUAAACUACUUUGCAUCUGCUCGUGCUUGGUGGAUGUUUCGAACGAUGUCCAACCAUCAGAAGUUGUUCCUGCUGGAUGGUGGGUUACAGGCAUGGAUUCAAGCGGGAUAUGAAGUCGAAAAAAAUAAGACCCAAGUCAAAAAAAAAACAUUUUUUGUUUCCCAAGCCUUUCGACGCGAACUUUUGAAAACAAAAAACGAGAUCAUUCGCAAUAUUGACGAGGGCAAGUUUCAGCUCAUCGAUGCGCGUCCGCACACCAGAUUUACUGGGGAAGAACAAGAAUUUCGGCAAGACUUGAGAUCUGGAAAUAUUCCAGGUUCCAUGAACCUGGAACUCCGCGAGGUGCUUGAUGGCAAAGGCUCGUUUAAGAGUGAACAAGAACUCUUAGAAUUAUUCAAGUUACGCGGUAUUGAUUUGAACAAUCCAAUCGCGACGACCUGCGGUUCUGGUAUCUCAGCCUGCGUCUUGGCAUUUGCAUUCCAUUUGGCCGGAAAUCCAAACGUGGCUGUCUAUGAUGGAAGCUGGACAGAAUAUGGACAGACAACAAGGCUAUAG